AAUUCAGAUGCAUGUGCGAGAGCUGCAGAUGUCAUCAGCAUUGUACCGGUGGCGUGGGUUUCCCUUGUCAAAUCCACUGUAAUAGUUUCUUCAGACUAAAACAUCACAUAGGACCGCAUUUGGCUUCACAAUGAGUGAGCGCAAGGGAACAGCGAAGUUGGAUUAUCUGAGGAAGAUCGAGAGAGAGAUCCAGGAGCAAUGGGAGAAGCAGAAGACAUUUGAAUGUGAUGCACCCACGACCAUUGGGGAAAGCACCAACAAAAACAAGUACUUUGUGACCUUCCCAUAUCCUUACAUGAAUGGCAGAUUGCAUCUUGGCCACACUUUCAGUAUGUCAAAAUGUGAGUUUGGUGUCGGUUACCAGCGCUUAAGAGGGAAGCAGUGUCUCUUCCCAUUCGGCUUGCACUGCACAGGAAUGCCCAUCAAGGCGUGUGCAGAUAAGCUGAAGAGGGAGAUGGAGGUCUAUGGAAACCCUCCUGUGUUCCCUGAUGAGGAGGAGAAGGAAGAGGAGAAGCCCGACUUCUCGGACGAGAUCAUUAUUAAGGAUAAGACCAAGGGCAAAAAGAGCAAAGCAGCAGCAAAAACCGGUACAGCCAAGUUCCAGUGGGACAUCAUGAGUUCUCUGGGUCUGACUGACUCUGAGAUUGUAAAGUUUGCCAAUGCUGAACACUGGCUGGAGUACUUUCCCCCCCUGGCUAUCAAAGACCUGAAGCAGAUGGGAGUCAAGGUGGACUGGAGGCGCUCCUUCAUCACCACUGACGUGAACCCCUUCUACGACUCCUUUGUCAGGUGGCAGUUCAUCACCCUGAAGGAGAGGAAAAAGAUUGCAUUUGGCAAACGAUAUACAAUCUACUCUCCCAAGGACGGACAGCCCUGCAUGGACCAUGACAGACAAACAGGAGAGGGAGUUGGACCCCAGGAAUACACUCUCAUCAAGAUGAAGGUUGUGGAGCCAUACCCCGCCAAAUUCAAAACAAAAGUAUUUUACAGCAGUGGCCUGAAGGGCAAGAACAUCUUCCUGGUGGCCGCCACCAUGAGGCCGGAGACCAUGUUCGGCCAGACCAACUGCUGGGUGCGCCCCGACAUGAAGUACGUGGCCUUCGAGACGGCCAACGGUGACGUGUUUAUCAGCACGGCCCGCGCCGCCCGCAACAUGUCCUACCAGGGCUUCACCAAGGACAACGGCGUGGUGCCCGUGCUCAUGGAGGUCCUGGGACAGGAUAUUCUGGGCUGUGCCCUCAGUGCCCCACUGACCUCCUAUAAAACCAUCUACGCUCUGCCCAUGCUAACCAUCAAGGAGGACAAGGGUACCGGCGUGGUGACCAGCGUACCAUCUGAUGCUCCCGAUGACAUUGCCGCACUCAGGGACAUCAAGAAGAAACAGGCCCUGAGGGAGAAGUACGGCAUUGAGGACAAGAUGGUGCUGCCUUUUGAGCCGAUCCCCAUCAUUGACAUCCCAGGCUUAGGGAGCCUCUCUGCCCCCCUGGUGUGUGAUGAGCUGAAGAUCCAGAGCCAGAACGACCGGGAGAAGCUGGCCGAGGCCAAGGAGAAGGUCUACCUCAAAGGGUUCUAUGAGGGGAUCAUGCUGGUGGAGGGCUACAAAGGUCAGAAGGUCCAGGACGUGAAGAAGCCCAUCCAGAAGAUGAUGGUGGAAAAGGGCGAGGCUGCGGUUUACAUGGAGCCUGAGAAGCAGAUCAUGUCUCGUUCGGGGGACCAGUGUGUGGUGGCUCUCUGUGAUCAGUGGUAUCUGGACUACGGUGAUGCAGAGUGGAAGGCACAGACCAACCAAGCUCUGAACUCUUUGGAAACGUUCUGCGAAGAGACCCGGAAGAACUUUGAGGCCACGUUGGCUUGGCUUCAAGAGCAUGCCUGCUCACGUACCUACGGCCUCGGAACACGGCUACCAUGGGACCAGCAGUGGCUGAUUGAGUCUCUAUCGGACUCCACCAUCUACAUGGCCUACUACACCGUGGCGCACCUGCUCCAGGGAGGAGUCCUCAACGGGCAGGGAGCUUCACCGCUGGGCAUUAAGCCAGAGCAGAUGACCCGGGGUGUGUGGGACUUCAUCUUCUUCAAGACGUCGCCCUUCCCUAAGACCUCCAUCCCCAAGGAGCACCUGCAGAAGCUGCGGCGGGAGUUUGAGUACUGGUACCCUGUCGACGUGCGCGUCUCGGGCAAGGACCUGGUGCCCAACCACCUGUCCUACUACCUGUACAACCACGUGGCCAUGUGGCCCAAGGACAGUGGGAAGUGGCCCCAGGCGGUGCGCGCCAACGGACACCUGCUGCUCAACUCUGAGAAGAUGUCCAAGUCCACCGGGAACUUCCUCACUCUCAGCGAAGCCAUCGACAAAUUCUCAGCAGAUGGCAUGCGUCUGGCGCUGGCGGACGCAGGGGACACGGUGGAGGACGCCAACUUUGUGGAGACCAUGGCGGACGCGGGCAUCCUGCGCCUGUACACCUGGGUGGAGUGGGUGAAGGAGAUGAUCGCCAACCAGAGCAGCCUGAGGACGGGCAACCCGGACACCUCCAAUGACCGAGUGUUCUCCAGCGAGAUGAACGCAGGUAUUCUGAAGACGGAGCAGCACUACGACAGGAUGAUGUACAAGGAGGCUCUGAAGAGUGGCUUCUUUGAGUUCCAGGCGGCCAAAGACAAGUACCGGGAGCUGGCCAUCGAGGGCAUGCACCGGGACCUGGUGUUCCGGUUCAUUGAGAUGCAGACCCUGCUCCUGGCCCCCAUCUGCCCACACCUCUGUGAAUACACCUGGAGCCUCCUGGCCAAGGGCGGCUCCCUGAUGAAGGCGUCCUGGCCUGCGGCGGGUCCAGUGGACGAGGUCCUGAUCCGCUCCUCUCAGUACCUGAUGGAGACCGCCCACGACCUCCGACUACGCUUCAAAGCCUACAUGCAGCCCCCCAAGAGCAAGAAGGGAGACUCCCGGCCUCCAGGCAGGCCGUCUCACUGUACCAUCUAUGUGGCCAAGAGCUACCCGCCAUGGCAGCACUGUGCCCUGUCCCUGCUGGGGAGGCACUACAAGGAAAACAAGGGGGUCCUCCCUGACAACAAGGUGAUCUCCGUCGAGCUCGGGGCAAUGCCGGAGGUGAAGAAGUACAUGAAGAGAGUCAUGCCCUUCGUGGUCAUGAUCAAGGAGAACCUGGAGAAGAUGGGCCCCCGGGUGCUGGACCUGGAGCUGGAGUUUGAUGAGCGCAACGUGCUGACGGAGAACCUGGUCUACCUCACCAACUCCCUGGAGUUGGACAAGAUUGACGUUGUCUUUGCAUCAGAGGGGGACGACAAAGUCAAGGAGGACUGCUGCCCAGGGAAACCCUUCAGCAUUUUCCGAACAGAGCCCGGUGUGUCCGUGUCCAUGGUGAACCCCCAGCCGUCCAACGGGCUGUUCUCCACCAGCCUGGACAUCAGACAGGGCGACACCAGGGACAGCGUGGUCCGGCGGCUCGCCAAGAUCAACAAACUCAUCAAAGAUCUGUCCCGGGUGAAGCUGAUGCGCUACGAGGACCCCCUGCUGGGGCCCCGGCGGGUCCCCAUCCUGGGCCGCGAGGAGCAGGGCAAGCUGGCCCUCUCCGACAAGUCCACCUUCAGCGUGGACCUGGGGGAGGGACGGGUCACUGUGGCCGACAACGGCCUCUCUGUGGACAUAGGGGACACUCUGGUGUACCUGGUUCAGUAGACACACACACACACACACACACACACACACACACACACACACACACACACACACACACACACACACACACACACACACACACACACACACACACACACACACACACACACACACACACACACACACACCUUUAUAUUUGGGGCGGGGUGAAGCCUCAGCAAUCGAUUUUGAAAUGCUGCAUUUUAAUUGGUAGUUUUGAGCCAGCACCAUAUACCACUGACCCAUUCACUCUUACCCCAUAUAAGUGUUCAUGGUGCUCGCAAUCAUGGGCUGUCUUCGGGAUGGGUGUUUCUGUUUUCCAUACAUGUUUUUCACCCAUUCUGCCAGGUGAACAUUGGUUUCAGUAUUCGACCGCCAUAUCUUUUUGUUAUGUGACUGCUGGUUGUUUAUGGUGUGUACACAUUGGUGUGUCGAUGGGGUGAGCAGGUCCUAGCUGACUGCUUCAUGAGCUUCCUGUUACAAAACCUACGGCUGGUCCACGGCACACCAGGUGUCCAGAUGGUUUUCUCCAACGGUUUGAUUUCACAGAGAACCGCGGAAGAUCGGUUCUAUUAACGACAUUCGUCAUGGUGAAUGUGUGUGAGGCUGCGGCACCCACAAUCUGUUCAUGGGUGGAGCCCCCCCGAUGUGUAAUGAGGCAGACGCGUGGAGCGAAAAGGACACUCAUACCACGGACACCUGCAUUGUGUCUUAAGAUCCGACAACGAUGUGGGAGAAGAUAAAUAUAGAAAACCGUAGCGUUCCAAGAACUCUUUGUUCCAUCGGGUUUUUGAGCAUUGCAAACCAUUCAUGUCAGGGUCUGUGUAUUUGUGUGCGCGUGUGUGUGUGCACGACCAGGGGAUAAUCCUUGUGUUCUCUUGAAUGCAUCCUAUGGCUUAUAAUGUUCUUUCUUUUUUUUUUUACAUCCAAUUUAUCAUGAAAGGAGGCUUUGUCAAAUGGCGGUUUUCUAACUGUGGGUGGCAGUUAUUAGACUUGUUCUUUUCCUAUGAAACGGUGACAAUAAUAAUAAUAAAAUAAAUCUUAAAAUAUU